AUGCUGGCCACUCUCUAUCAGCUUACCAAGCUCUGCCGCCCCUGCGGACCCACCCCGCUGGCCAACAGCUGCAACGAGCCCUGUGUCAGGCAGUGCCAGGACUCCACCGUCCUCAUCCAGCCCUCCCCCGUCCGCGUCACCUUCCCAGGGCCCAUCAUGACCUCCUUCCCCCAGAGCUCCUUCGUCGGAUCCACCGCAGGGGCUGCCCUGGGCACGGAGCUCAACGUCCAGGGACAGCCCAUCUCCGGCGGCUUUGGGGCCGGAGGCUACGGCCUGGGCUAUGGCCGUGGCUUUGGCUACGGCCUGGGAGGCCUGGGCUGCUCUGGCUUGGGAGGACUGGGUUGCUCGGGCACCUGCUGA